AUGUCAUUUUUAAUACGCAUUUCAAGACCUGAUUCUGCUUCCCCAUGGGGAUUUCGAAUUCGAGGAGGAAGAGAUUUUGAAAGGCCACUUUGUAUAUCCUCUGUGAGCCCUGGAGGUUUGGCAGAUAUCAGUGGCUUACGUACUGGAAUGCGCGUUUUAUCGAUUGGCCGCGAUUCUACAAGCAAAAUGACUCACCAACAAGCACUUCAAGCAAUAAUACGGUGUUGUAACGAUCUGGAAAUGGAAGUAUAUGAAAACGGACCAAAUAAUGCUAGCUAUUCUACUCCAUUUCAGAAAAUGAAUAUUUCUGUAACACAAUCAUCAUUAACCAUUGAACUUCAGAAACCAAUAGAAUCACCAGGACCGCAAACAGUUAUAUCUAAAGUUGUUCAUAUUGGUACAAGUCCAACAAUAUCUUGUUCUCAUUCACCUAAUGGAAUAUCAAUAAAAUCCUACAGUCCUAACUCAAUUACAGUACAUAAUCGUAUACUGCCUGAAAAAUCCAAUACAACUAAUAGUACAUCACCAAUUAAUACACUUCAAAAGAAUGCAAUUCUAAGAUCAUCCCAUUCAUUAUAUAACAUGUCCAAAUAUCCUACAAUCAAUCAAUCACAGUCUCAUAUCCAAAUGAACACAAAACCGGAUAAUUUCUUACAGAGAACAGGAGUUCUCCGUUCAAACGAUUAUAAAAUUAAUCCAGUAUGUUAUGCAUGUCAAAGACAAAUACACGGACCAUUUAUUGAUACAGGUAAUCGAUGCUUUUGUCCAAAUCAUUUCAUAUGUGAUUUUUGUCAUCAACCAUUGAACGAGGAUAGUUUCGCUGAACAAAAUGGUAAAUUAUAUUGUGAAAAAGAUUUCAAACAAUAUAUUGCAUAUAAAUGUGCCAAAUGUAAUUUACCAAUUAUUGGUAAAAUUAUUAAAGCAAUCAAUCAAACAUGGCAUCCAAAUUGUUUUGUUUGUUAUUAUUGUCAAAAACCAUUAGAUGAUCUAUUUCAUAUGGAAGAUGAUAAUCGUGUAUUAUGUGAAGAACAUUGGAAACAAUUUCAUGAGAUUGAAUGUGCUAAAUGUAAACAGCCCAUUACAGAGAUUGAUCGUUUUAUUCCAGCAUGUGGAAAACAAUAUCAUGCAAGAUGUUUUAGUUGUUCUGCAUGUCAAAAACCACUUGAAGGUAAACCAUUUCAUACGAGAGAUCAAAAACCAUUUUGUCUUAUACAUGCUAAUGCAAUUGCAUUAUUUGGUUGA